CAUCCGAUCCCCAAACCCUAUUUCUCGUACUCCCAUCGCAACACGACCUUUUACUUUUUCAGCAUCACGCACUUCAACUUUAUGAUUUUGUUCAUUACCUUACCCUAAUUUUGAUCUCACAAACUUAGAUAUCAAUUACAACCAUCUCAAUUCUUCAUGGCAUAUUAACGUUUAUCAACAAUACAUAGAUUGUGUUAUAGGAUUGAAGUUUGCAAUGGAGGUUGAUCUGAAUGAAGAUUUGGAUGGAAUAAAAGAGCGACUGAGAAGGCUAGAAGGUGCAGCUUUUAGGGCAAGGCAACGUGAGAGGCGACGAGUGAGUCAUGCUCCGAUUCAGAUAGUUAACCAGGAUGGAGAAGUGGUGACAGUUGCUCAUCUUGAAGAUGGUGAUUUUGAAGGAGAAAUUAUAGAAGAGAGAGAGGGUAAAAGAAAGGGUAGUUAUUUGGUUGCUGAUGCACUGGGAUUGAGAAACAAUGAUGGUGAGGGUUUUCCUGCAAAGUUGUUUCACUGUAAUGUGUGUCUGGAGAGGGCAAAGGAUCCUGUUUUGACUUGUUGUGGUCACUUGUUUUGUUGGCCUUGCUUUCACAAGUUGCCAUUGACAUCUACUUAUCCAAAGGCAAAGGAAUGUCCAGUUUGUGAAGGAGAGGUCACAAAUGAAACUCUUACAACAAUAUAUGGCAAUUCAGAUGUCCAUGACAGUGGCAACUUUAAACUUGAUCAUGAAAUUCCUCCCAGACCCUGUUCAAGGAGAGUUGAGAGCAUUUGGCAGCAACUCAGAAAUUAUUAG